AUGGGCUUUUACACAGAAGCACCCGACCUACGGCCGUUCAGCGAAGAUAAGCCCACGCUGCUGGUGUCGUGGUGGGUGACGGCCUUUUGCUUCGCUGUCAUCCUCAUCCGCAUGUCAGGUCGCUAUGUUCGAGUCGAGAAGCUUCUCAAGGAGGACAAGAUUGUCGCAGUUGCGCUGCUCCCGCUGGUUCUGCGAGCUGUCUGCGUUCACUUUGUCCUCCGUUACGGCACCAACAAUGUGAACCUUGAGGGCGUGAAGCUCACGCAGGAUGAGAUUGACAAGAGGGUUAUGGGAAGUCGGAUGGUCCUGGCCAGCCGAAUCUUUUACGCCGCCACAUUGUGGAUCAUCAAGUUUACAACACUCGAGUUCUUUGAGCGUCUCGCUGGCGCAACUAGGCGCAGGUCGCACGCUCUUAUGAUCAUCGGCAUGCGUGUUGUCUUGAUCGCAACCUUUGUCGCCGUCCUCGUCAGCGACCUGGCCGAGUGCCAGCCCUUUCCUCACUAUUGGCAGGUCACGCCCGAUCCUGGAGGUAAAUGCCGUCAGGGCUUUGCCCAUAUGAUCACCAUGGGCGCCUGUAACGUCAUCACCGACCUCGUCCUGAUUGCUUUCCCUAUCCCCAUUAUUCUCUCGACACAGAUCGCCACCAAGCGCAAGGUGCUGCUCAUCAUGCUCUUCAGUCUGGGUCUUCUCACCGUCGGCAUUACUCUUUAUCGCAUGCCUCGUAUUAUCCAGGCGCAGGGAAGCCAGGUGGUGCGCACCAUGUGGGCAUCUGUCGAGAUCCUCGCUGCCACUGGUGUGGGUAACACCGUCGCCCUCGGAUCAUUCCUGCGUGACAGCGGUGUCAAGCGCAAGAAGUUCAAGGGCUCCAACAGCUACGAGUACUCCAACUCGCGAUCGCAGUCGCAACCUACCAAGCUCACUCGCACAGCGGGUCACAGCAAUUGGGAAGAGGAGAGUGAAGAUGGACAACCCGUCAAGACAACCGAGGGUAUCUGGACAGGCAGCGGGGCGUCGCAUACGACUACCGGCUCCAUCUCUAUCAGCAAAGACGACGACCUGCGCAAGUCUAGCGAGCGACCUGUCAGUCCUACACAGAGCCACGACUCGCUUAUCACGCGAGAUCAGCUGCAACACUCGGUCGAGAUUGGCCGCAACGAGUUCCCCUACAGACCGCCGUCUGCCGUCAUCGCGGGUAACUCGAAAGAGGUGCAGCGCAGCCAACGAAGCAAUUGA